UUUUUUUUUUAAUACGGUAAUAGAAAUUACUGUUAUUUUUAUUUAUAUACAAAUACUGUAUUUUGUAUUACAAUUUGCCGGACAAUCUUGUUGUCGGCUAACUUUCGGUACGGACGACUAACUGACCAGACUAUUCAUUCGUUGUCCACAUCCGAUGACCGAUGUUUUGAAAUCAAUUGCGUAUUCAGACACGGCUAUAGGGAUAUCGGUUAAUGUGUGGCCACACAUACGUCAACCAGAUAUUCAAUAACAACUGCGGUGGUUGUGGUGUCUUAACAAUCAUAUAUCCUAUAUGUGGUCAUCACAUGUCCAAUGCUUAUACAUCGACGUCAAUAUCACAAUCUUAUGGCCGAACCGAUACGUUUAGACAUUUAUCGGUUCACAAACUGUUGCCAAUUAGUGGUGAGUCGGAGUCAAUCGCGUAUAGAUGUGGUCCUAUUGUUUGGACUGUUGGUCCUAACGAUGGCCAUUGUUUCGUCGUCGUAUAAUAUCAACAAAUUGUUGGACCGUUUGGUGAUGACAUCGAUAUCGUCGGUAUUGGUCAUCGCACUAGUCUAUUGGCGGACUCCUGUCUAUAGAGAGUCGCUGUUGGUAUUGGACAAUAUGUCUGGUCUGGAAGUGACACAGUAUUAUUCAUUAUUAGGCCUAUUGACGAUCAAAAGGUCACAGUUUAUACUGAGCGCUGCCAUUAUCAUCAAUGAAGCCAUUACUAUGCAUCGAGUUAUCUAUUAUUUGGUAUCAAUUCCACUAUCGUUAAGCAAUACAUUGUUAAUGGAUUCAUCAACAGUGGAUCCAUUGUUACAACAAUCAUCUGAUGAUUUUCGCCGAAGACGAUUAUUUACUCAUCAAACAUCAAAUCAUAUUAAAAGCAAUACGUCUACUAAUAAUAAUAUGAAACACAAUUGUACUAAUGGUUUGAUACCAUUGUUUAGUCAUACCUGUCCACGGAUUGAUUGCCUAAAAGUAAUGUACAAACAUAUUAAUGAUUUCAAGACAAACACAACAACAAACCGUUUACUACUCUAUAAACCAAAUGAUACAUUAUUAUCGGUAAUUAAGCCAUUAUUUAAAACAAUUAGUUAUAAUAAUAAUCAUAGAAACGGAUUAAAAAUGUGAUUAUAUAUAUUAUUA